UUCCCGCCCCGCCCAUGGCCGCCGCCACGGCAGGCGGAGCGCUGGGGCCAUGUCGGCUCCGUGGGCAGCGGCGGUGGGGUCCGACGGGGUGGCGGAGGGGGAGCAGGUCCCGGUUCGCGGCCGGGUACCGGAGCUGGAACCGGAGCUGGGGAGCAGCAGCAGGCAGACGUCGCACCGGCUGCUGGCCUACAGCGAUGCCCUGCUCUCCAUCAUCGCCACCGUGAUGAUUCUGCCCGUGGCUCACACGAAAAUACAUCCAGAUCAGAAACUAGGUGAAAGUGUUCAGCAACUUCUUCUAGCAAAAAUUGGAGUCUAUUUGAUGACCUUCUUAAUAGUAACAGUGGCAUGGGCAGCUCAUGUAAGGUUGUUCCAGGUGAUAGAGCUUAUAGAUGAUGUCCUUGCUCUUCUAAAUCUGGCUUGUAUGAUGACCAUAACUUUCUUGCCAUACACAUUUUCCUUAAUGGCCUCCUUUCCAGCAGUUCCAUUUGGCAUUUUCUUGUUCAGCGUGUGUGCUAUUGUCAUCGGCCUUAUACAGGCUGUGAUAGUAGUGUAUGGAUUCUACCACCCACACUUACUGAAUCAGCAGAUACAGGAGUCUGAAGAUCAGAAUUUCUAUAAACACCAUAUCUUAAAGAUUAUCUUGAGAGGACCAAUUUUAUGCUUUUUAGCAGCCAUCUUUUCUUUUUUCUUAAUUCCUUUGUCUUACGUAUUCCUUGGGCUUGUAAUCGUUUUUCCACAUCUCACUCAAUUAAUUAAAUGGUGUAAAACCAAGAUUGUUGGUCAAAGACCUGAAGAGGAGGAACAGCAUCGCUUAGAAACCUUCACUUUUUAUCUCAGUGAGCCUCUGAGUAAGGAACGGGUAGAAGCAUUCAGUGAUGGAGUCUAUGCAAUUGUAGCAACCCUGCUCAUUUUGGAUAUAUGUGAAGACAAUGUCCCUGAUCCCAGAGAAGUUCAGGAGAAGUUCCAUGGCAGCCUUCUUGAAGCUUUGAAUGAAUAUGGGCCAAACUACCUUGCCUACUUUGGCUCAUUUGUAACAAUUGGUCUCCUGUGGUUUGUCCAUCACUCACUUUUCAUUUAUGUAACAAAAGCAACAAGAUUAAUGGGACUCCUUAACAUACUUUCACUGGCUUUCAUUGGUGGGCUUCCACUAGCUUACCAGCUGACCAGUGAAUUCGCAGAGAAGUCCCACAAUGAAAUAGAAGCCAUUCAGGUCAGCUGUGUUAUCACUUUCUUCGCCAGCAUAUUCCAGUUUGCAAUAUGGACUACAGCCCUCCUACAUGAAAGGGAAACGUUGCAUCCUUUUGCUAGGUAUGGUGGCAAGGAACAUGCUUUCAUGUUUGCCAAGCUGGCUCUCUAUCCCUGUGUAAGCCUUGGAGCUUUCUUUCUAACGUGCUUGUUAAGUGAAUUCAGCACAGCAAUUUUCCAUCUUAUGCAGAUUGUAAUCCCAUUUGCUUUUCUUGCCUUGCGGAUUUUUGUUAGAAUUUCCUUAACUGUCAUAAGGUCUGUGAUGUCUCUCUCCAGACGAAAGGUUGUAUUGUUAGAAGAAGAGGAGGCAUGUUUGUCUCCUACUGAAACAUUCUCCUAAAUUUACGUGCAGUGCAGUGAAGUUGUGAAAUUGAUUGCAGCUCUCCUAAUGCACAUUAUCUUCAUGUGUAGACUAUGUGGAUCUAAACCAAAGCCCAUGCUGGCUAACUGGGGAUAUUUGAGUUUUAGCUGUUCCUGCUUUAGACCCUUCCCCCAGAACCUGUAACUGAAAAAACUGGUAGGCUGGGGAUGUGAAGAAAAGCAUGUUCCCCUUAUUUUAGUUUCCCUUUUGGAAAAUGUGCUGCUUAACAUGUAACUGCAGUGAUGAUCAGUUAAGAAGCCUAUGAAGAGUUGCACAGAAAAAUGCCCUUUUUUUCUGACACAGGGCAGUCGUUCUGGCAGCCAAACACAGGUCUAGAAGCUGGUUGUGCUGCUCUAAGAUGGAGUGAGGUACAAAAGACAUGGACAUCUCUGGAUUUCUGGGUAGUGAAUGGUGGUGGAUAGCUUCCCUAAGCAGAGGCUAAGGGAUCCAACAGAUUUCCAAGGCUCAGGAAGGCAGCAAAAGAAACUAGCCCUGCAGAAGCUCCAGUUCAUGGCAUGUUAAAUAUUUUAAUGCUUUUAUGCAGUUCAAUAAGCUUCAUGCUUAUGAAAUGUCAUCCUGCAGAGAACUGCACAGGAGGGGUGGGGCAAAGUCACUGAGCCUCAGUCUGUCCUGGAAGCCUUCACAUUUCUUUUCAGCAGAGCCACUAGUUUGUAUCUUGAACUGUCUUAGUGCCUGAUAAAUUUAAUGCCACAUGUAAAGGCAUUUGAGGGAUUUUUUUCUUCUUAAAAGAAAAGAAAUAAAAAUACUGUGGCAAGAUAUGCCUCAGUAAUUGUGAGUGAAAACAAAUUCUGGCAUUGUGUUUCAUUGAGAUCAGUCUUGAAAGGACAUCUGCUUGUGGUGUGGAGCAGUUUGGUACCAACACCUCAUUAUUGGUACCUCAUUGGGUACUUCUGACACACGGGGUGCAGGUGCUCAAGGGGUUUUGUACGAGGUGAAAUGACCUGCAGAAGGAUUCUGCAUUGUGUUGUGUAUCAGGGGUUUCCUAGUAUUUAAUAAAAGCACUUUCAGUUUUUGGGGUGGUUUUUUUUUGUUUUAUUUUAUUAUUAUGUGCAGCAGGCACAUAAUAAGCAGUGAAUAUGUGUAUUUGUAAUAAAUUUCAGUCAGU